CCCACAGGAGUAAAUCCUGCAAACAUGUCUCAGGAAGUGCUGCCCGUGAAGGUGCCAGAAGCACUCUAUCACAUGAAUCCAGGGAAGGCCACGAACCUAUGGCAUGCAAAAGGACUACAGGAUGAAGACUCAGACUUUGAUUCUUUGGGAGAUCGUGAAAAGCAAGAAAAAAAUGAAGGAAGUACUGUACCAGGCAAAGGUGAUUUCAAGAUAGAAUCCUCUCCCUGUUAUCUGCUGACCGUAAGGAUCAUCCGGAUGAGAAAUCUCCAGCGAGUGGACACCUUCAGCCAGGCUGACUGCUAUGUGUCAUUGUGGCUGCCGACUGCGACGUGUGAAAAAUCCCGCACUAAAACUGUGAGAAACUCAAACAAUCCAGUGUGGAACGAAACCUUCUACUUCAGGAUCCAGAGUCAGGUCAAGAACGUUCUGGAGCUGACAGUGUAUGAUGAGGAUUUUGCUACUCCAGAUGACCAUCUCCUCUGUGCACUCUUUGAUACCGCUAAACUUCCAAUUGAAAGAACAGUGCUCCUGUAUUUUAAGCCCAGCCCACAGGCCAAGGAGGAGCUAGAGGUUGAAUUCAAAUUGGAGGUCGCUUCUGGUCCUCAUGAAGCCAUUGCUACCAAUGGAGUCCUAGUGUGUCGUGAACUUUGCUGCUUGGAAGUAGAAGUGGCAGAGAAGAUGCAGCAAAAAUCAAAGAAAGAGCUUUCCCUCACUGUGAAGGGCUCCUUUGAGGGGACUCAGGAUAUCACGCUGGGCCCCGACGGAGUGGCCAGCCCAUCGGGUCCCACCAAGUUCCACUAUAUCAAGUACGCAGAGCCAACUCUGGACGUCAUGUUGCCAAAGAAGAGGCGCUACCACCCUUGGACCUGUAAGUACACUACAGAGACGGGGUCCCCAGUCGUGAUGCUGAAUUCGCUGCCCAUGGGGAGGAAAAUCACCGUAGCAGAGGAGAAAAGAUUUGACUUGAAUGUGAGAACACAAAGCUGUAAUUGUUCAUGCCACCAAGACCUGGACAUGCGCUUUGGGUUUGGCUUAUGUUCAGAGGAGAUGGCUUUCCUGAGGAAAAGAAAAAGAUAUGUUGCAAGUGCCCUGAAAAAUGUUUUUCACCUACAACAGGACCUGCAGGAUUUUGAAGUCCCCGUUGUGGCUAUCAUCACGACAGGUGGAGGGCUGAAGUCAAUGACAGGACUAUACGGCAGCCUCAUGGGACUCAAGAAAUUAAAUCUCCUGGACUGUGUAACGUACAUCAGUGGGCUGUCUGGCACCACGUGGACCAUGGCCAACUUAUACAGAGAUGCCUACUGGUCGCAGAAGGACCUAGACUCGCAUAUUGGUGAAGCCCAGAAACAAGCAACUAAAUGCAAGAUGGGCUGUUUCUCUAUGGAUCGCAUGAAGUACUACGAUAAGCAGCUUUGUCAGCGGAAAGAAGAGGGAUACAGGACAUCAUUUAUAGAUCUUUGGGGACUCAUGAUCGAGUACUUACUAAAUGAUGGGAAAGACCCCCACAAACUUUCAGAGCAGCAAGAAGCACUGUGUGACGGGCAGAACCCACUGCCCAUCUACGUGUCGGUCAGCGUCCGGAACAGCUACAGCACCAAUGAUUUCAAAGAGUGGGUCGAGUUCACCCCCUACGAGGUGGGACUGCUGAAGUACGGCGCAUUCGUUCGCACGGAGCAUUUCGGCAGCGAGUUCUUCAUGGGACGCUUGUUAAAAAAGCUCCCCGAGUCCCGGAUCUGCUACCUUCAAGGUAUGUGGAGCAGUAUAUUUUCUGUGAACCUAUUACAAAUAUGGGGACUGUCUCACAGUUCAGAGGACUUCUGGAAGAGAUGGACACAAGACAGAAUAGAAGAAGUUGAUGAAGACCCAGUGUUGCCUACAAGACCCCAUGAGCUGAGGACUCGCAUGUACACUCCUCCUGGCCCCCUGUCCAGCGCCCUUCGGGGAGCGUUGACCGACCGCUUCUCUGUCGCCCAGCACCACAAUUUCCUGAAGGGCUACCAGCUGCAUAACAACUACCUGGAGAAUGAGCAGUUCUGUAGAUGGAAAGACACUGUGUUAGACUCACGUCCCAAUGAGCUGAUGCAAAAUGCCGAUCACCUGGGCAUGAUAGACGCUGGAUUUUUCAUCAAUACCAGCAGUCCACCACUUUUAAGGCCGCAGAGGGAAGUGGAUGUCAUCAUAUAUUUGAGUUAUACUACUGGAUCACAUACAUCGUCUCUAGAUAAGGCGUAUAAAUACUACUCAGAACAGAAAAUCCCAUUCCCCAAAAUUUCUUUGACUGAUGAAGAUAAGAAAAAUCUGAAGGAGUGCUACAUCUUCCACGAUUCAGACUUGCCAGGAUGUCCGAUCGUGAUUUUUCUUCCCCUUGUGAAUGAUACCUUCCGAGAGUACAAAGCACCUGGUGUCAAGCGCUGUUGCUCAGAGAUGGAGGAAGGACAACUUGAUUUGACCAGUUGCUUUUCUCCCUACUGCAUGUUCUCGGUCAGGUAUACUGAUGAGAAUUACCGCCGGCUGCUGAACCUCAGUGAAUACAACAUCCUGAACAACUCACAGAUGAUUAUGCAGGCCUUGCAGAUAGCGAUGCAAAGGAGAAGGCAAAACAUCUUCUUUUUAACAGACUGCCUACCUCGUCAGCCCAAGGAACCCAACCUGAAAAUAACAGCUGGGAGAUGUGAAUUGCUACAGAUAACUCUGGAUGUGUACAUGACAGCGACCACAAUGGAGCAAGAUGGCAUUUUGUCUCAGGAGCUGAUCCCUCAAGCCACUUGGCGAGGAGAAGGAAUUAUGCGGCUCAAUCCUGACGGGGAACAGGGGACUGCUGUUACAAAGAUAGAAUCAUCUCUGUGUUACUUACUGACUGUAAGAGUCAUAAGAGCAAGAAAUAUCCAUCGGGCAGAUGUCUUAAGUCAGACUGAUUGCUACGUGAGCCUGUGGCUGCCAACUGCUUCAACCAAGAAAUUUCAGACUAAAACCAUACAGAAUUGCAAAGAUCCGGUCUGGAAUGAAACCUUCUACUUCAGGAUCCAGAGUCAGGUCAAGAAUGUGCUGGAGCUGACGCUCUAUGAUAAGGAUGUGGUUACUCAAGAUGACCACCUCUUCACAGUGUACUUUGAUAUAGCCAAACUUUCCCUGGGAGAGCAAGUCUUCAUGCACUUCAAAUGUGAUUCACAGAGACAAGAGGAGCUAGAGGUGGGAUUUGCAUUGGAUAAUAUUUCAGGCCCUCCUGAAACCAUCAUUACUAAUGGAGUACUAGUGUCUCGCAAAAUCUGCUGUUUGGAAGUUCAGGUGGUUGAGAAGAAGAAGAAAAAGAAAAAGAAGAAGAAAUCUUUAUCAAAGAAAGAAUUCUCCUUUAAAGUGCAAGGCUCUUACGAGGGCACCCAAGACAUUAUGCUGGGAUCUGAUCCGGUCUUCAGCUUCUCUCCUGCCAAAUUCCACUAUGCCAGAUACAAGCAGCCAAUGCUGGAUGUAACACUACCAGAGAAGAAACAACACCCCUCCUUCCGCUCCCGUGUGUAUGAUACAGGGUCUCCAAAUGUGGAACUUCAUUCCCUUCCAAGUGGAAAAAACAUGAUCUUGGCACAGGGUAAAGGAUUUAAUUUAUAUGCGAAGGCAGAAGACUGCCCAGAUCACCUUGAUGUGCGUUUAGGGUUUGACCUCUGUGUGCAGGAGCAAGACUUUCUACGCAAAAGGCAGAAUUAUGUUGCUCCUGCUCUGAAGAAGGUCCUGCAGCUGGAACAGGAUCUGCAGGACCAUGAGACCCCAGUGGUGGCCAUCAUGACUACGGGAGGAGGGAUGCGGUCUUUGACUGCCUUGUACGGCAGUCUGCGGGGGAUCAAGAAGCUCAAUGUCUUGGACUGUGCCACGUACCUGACUGGCUUGUCUGGUACUACAUGGACCAUGUCGAACUUGUACAGAGAUGCUGACUGGUCACAAAAGGAUCUCGACAAGCAAAUCAGUGAAGCUCGAAAACAUAUGACAAAAUGCAAAAUAAAUUCCCUUUCCUUGGAGUAUUUAAAGUAUUACAAAAAGCAGCUGUGUCAACGGAAAAAAGAGGGCCGCAAAACAUCUUUUAUAGAUCUCUGGGGGCUUGUCCUGGAAUCUUUUUUGCAUGAUGGGAAAGACAACCAUAGACUCUCUGAUCAGCAACGGGCCAUUGAUCGUGGUCAGAACCCAUUGCCUAUCUAUACUGCAGUCAAUGUCAAGAACAACUAUAGCACUCUGGAUUUCAAAGAGUGGGUGGAGUUCACCCCUUAUGAGGUGGGAUUGCAGAAAUAUGGAGCUUUUGUUCGCACUGAGGAUUUUGGCAGUGAGUUUUUCAUGGGUCGGUUGAUGAAAAAGGUCCCUGAAUCCCGGAUCUGCUUCUUAGAAGGCAUAUGGAGUAGUUUAUUUUCAUUGAAUGUGUUAUAUAUCUGGAAUUUGUCCCAUUCCUCAGAAGAUUUCUGGCACAGGUGGACCCGGGACAAAAUCAAUGAUAUAGAGGAGGAACCCCUCCUGCCGCUGAAGCUGCACGAGCUGAGGACGCGCCUGUUCACCCCCCCCGGCCCCCUCGGCAGCGCUCUGCGCAGCGUUCUCACCGACCGCCCCUGCCUUGCCCAGGAGCACAACUUCCUAAAGGGCUUCCAGGUGCAUAACGACUACCUGGAGAACAAGCACUUCUGCCGAUGGAAAGAUACUGUGUUAGACACAUUUCCUAACCAGCUGACACCAUCAGAGGAAUUCCUGUCUCUGAUAGAUACAGGAUUUUUCAUCAAUACAAGCAUCAUGCCACUUUUAAAACCGGAGAGAAAGGUAGAUGUCAUCCUGCAUUUAAAUUACAGUGCAGGAUCCCAGAUACAGGCUCUGGACCAGACCUGCAAGUACUGCUCGGAGCAGGGAAUCCUUUUUCCCAGGGUGAACUUGAGUGAAGAAGACAGGAAAAACCCAAAGGAGUGUUACCUCUUUGAUGGCGCUGAGACCCCAGGAGCACCAGUACUGUUAUUUUUCCCGCUAAUUAAUGAUACUUUCCAAAAAUACAAAGCACCAGGCCAGAAACGCUCAGAGUCAGAGAUGGAAGAUGGAAAAGUUGAUCUCUAUGGCUGCUGUUCCCCUUAUUCAACAUACUCAAUUCAAUACACUGAGAAGGUGUAUGACCGUCUGGUUCAGCUGGGUGAAUACAACAUCCUAAAUAACAAAGACCUCAUUAUUCAGGCCUUGCACACAGCUGUGACAAGGAAAAGGCAGAAAAAGAAAUAAUGUGAGAUGAGGGAGGAUGCUUUUGUGUCCCUUAACCUGCCAAGAGUCUGAAGCUCCUUUACAAUCAGCCAGCAGGCUUCAAAGGAUUCCUGUUCAACCCCACUAAAUGGCAAUCUCAGAUGGACAAAGAAGAGACCAAACACAAACUUUUUUCUCCAAAUAAUUUCACUGCGUCAAUUCAUUGUAGUUCAGCUACAACAGUGGAGUACAAGUCAUUGUGUCGUACAGAGGAUGAGCAGCCAUGAAGAAGAAGGUGCUAAGAUGACAAUGACCAUGGUGCUAAUUGCUUUUAGAAAGAGUUUUAAAUAUUUAAAUCUAACAUGUUCAGCACAGACCACAUUAAAAGCACAUUUUAUUAACUCA